UGACCUCCAGGUGACACCCAUCACAGUAAUGAUGCACUUUUGCACCAGCAUGCUCAUCCAUUGAAUGCCUCCUCUGGAGUAAACCCGAGAAGCACGCUCUAAAGGCAAAGAUCCUUGGAAUCCCUUUGGUUUUGUUUCCCCCAUGAUCAUACGCCAAGCAAAAGGUCAGUGGUGUGCACUGACCUAAAAGCAAGUACAGAGACUUCCUCUUCGAGGUGCUGCUUUUCCCCACCUCUCACCAGGCGAGUUCUCUGGCUGAGGCUGGUACAGAGCAGACCGAGAACAACGGGAGCAGAGGUGAAAAAAGAGCACAGCAACAGAGGAUAUCCAGAAAUCCUGCUGAGAUACCCAAAGGAUGCUGAGAAGCAUUAGGGAACAGCCCAAGGAAACUCCUCAGCCAGCCCCUCGGCAAAUCUUCCAGGAGAGGCAGAGGAUCACUGGUCUGCCUCUGUACUUCCAAGGCUACCUGUCUGUCAGGCACUCAAGAUGCCAGGAAUUUAGAAUGUAUUGGACAGAACUCAGAGGAACCAUGCUCUUCUUUUAUGAUGAUAAGAAAGCCCCAACAUACUCACAGAAAUUAGAUAUAUCAGCUUUGAUCUCGGCAACCAACGUUUCUCCAGAUGAAAACGGCUCUGCACAGUUCAUCCUGAUGCUGUCAAAUGGGGAACUAGAACUGAAGGCUAAUGACUGUGAACAUGGAAAAGAAUGGAAGGGUUUUAUUCUCACUGUAACAAGGCUGUCAGUUCCACCAGAUGAGUCAUUACUACCUGGGCAACUUGGAAGAAUGCAUGAAGUGCUACAGAAGGAAAAGAAAAGAAGGAUUAUGCUUAACAACUGUCCCAGCACAUCCUCGAACAGAAAAAGCCCUCCCAGCUGUUCACUGACCACUAUACCAGCGGUGCAGAAAGUGUCACAGCUGUACGAAAGCUUCACUUUCUCUCCAAGAAGGCCAAGGCACUACUAUCCUGAAUUAUGGUCCUAUAGAAGCAUAAAUCUGCAAGUCCUUCAGAUGCCACGCCUCUUGGCAGCUAUGGCUACUUACCCUGGGUGCUUCUAUGCAGUAUCUCGGCAAGAAGCAAUAGAGAUGUUAGAAAAGAAUCCUUCAUGUGGGAAUUUGAUCCUGCGUCCCAGCAGCGACAGCAAGAACUACGCAAUCACUAUCCGACGUGAGCUGGAGGCGCCACACUUAAAGCACUACAAAGUGAUUUCCAAAGGAACAAGUUACUUUGUCGAAUUGGAAAGACAGGUGACACUCCCAAGCCUUCAGGAUGUUGUCAAUUACUUUGUGACCCAAACCCAAGGGAACCUGAAGCCAUUUGUCAUACAGAUGCACACUGCAGAGGACCCAGUGUUAUGAAAGCAAGCUGGUUGCUGAAGGUGCACACAGGAACGGCCCUGCUAAAAAAAAAAGAAAUAUAAGGGGCACAAGAAGCAGCACAGGAAUUCCACACCAUUGGAGAUAAACAGAAGGCAUUCCCCAAGCUACUCUUUCUGAAUUUCUAGAACAGCUCUGUUGGCCCUAAACCAAGAAUGUGAUACAGCUUCUCCCAGGGAAACUUCUGAGAUUUGGGGAGGGCAAAUAACCCCAAUUCCUCUAGAUUAAAUGUGGAAAAAGAAAAAAAAAGAGUGGGAAAAGAGGAGACAUUGCCCCUGCAAAAUGCAAUGGGGAAAUAUUAUAUUGAAAAUAGCCAGACAGUGUUUGUGCGCUCAAUUCUGUCACUGGCUCGCAGUGCAAUAAAUUCUUUGCAUUAAAAACCCCA